AUGAAUCACAACACCAACAUCCACUUUGGGAACCGGACACUGAUCCCACACGAUCUCCACGGCCGGAGUUACCAAGACCCAGCCGUAAGCAUCGUGCCACAUCCGUUCCCUCCCAACCGCGCUCAUCCGACGUUUGAAGGACCUAGCCGAGACGAGCAUCAUUACCAUCAUCAUCAAAACCGACCUCCGGUUUAUCAUCAACCACCUAGACCAGUGUUGCAUUCACACCACGACCAUGUUCUCAAUAGGCGGAGAGAUAGCCAUUUCGAUGCCGUGCUUGAGGGUUUCAUGGAGAGCCAAAGAAAAACUAGCCGCGACAUUGAGACAAAGCUAGAGUUCACGCGAUACGAACUAGAUGGAAGACUUGGAGAACUCUCUACCCAAAUAGAGAGAGUCUUUUGGAUCAUUCUGGAGCAUAUGGGACAUAAGGAGCAUGGAGGGACUUGGCACAUGGAAGCAGCUCAACUGGAUACGCAAAGGAAGAAGGGAGAAGCCAUCUUGAAGACCAGCUCGACCGUCCACUCGACCAACCGGUCGAGUUCCUCAACUCGACCGGCCAAGCUUCAACUCGAUCGAGCUGGGGAGUCAAAGUUAAACCCGAAAAAUGUUGCUUCCCCCUUGACUUCCCUUUGA